UUCCAAACAAGAGUUGCAAAAAUUUUGUUCUCAAACAAAAUUUUUCGUGUUUUCAGUUCCUUCUGAAUAAUUUCUUGUUUUCUUGUGCAUUAUAAGCUUUCAUCAAAAUCUAUUAUGUAUCUCGCCUUGAAGAAAACUGAGUAGUUACUACUAUUCAUUGGCAUAAUCGAUCUUCGGUCUAAUUUUUCAUUGUAGCAAUGGAAGGUACGAAAGAAGAUUUCGACAGUUUUUACACUGAGGUAAAAGCAAUCGAAAAACGGGAUUCAGUAUUAACUUCGGAUCAACAACUCACUCGUUUAUUGCGACCCGGCUCUACGUACCUUAAUUUGAAUCCGUAUGAAGUUCUUCAAAUUCAGCCCGAAGAUUCCGUGGAUGUUGCCAAAACAAAGUAUAGACGGUUAUCCAUACUCGUACAUCCAGAUAAAAAUCCGAACGACAAAGAAAGAGCUGAGCGAGCAUUCGAAAUAGUUUGUAAAGCUUGGAAGAUUAUUGAAAAUGAAGAAACUAGGAAAAAAUGUUUGGAUAUUGUUGAAGAAGCGAAAGAACGAACUAAUCUCAUGAUCAGUGAAAAGAGAAAAAAGCUGAAAAAGAACGAACCCGUCGAAGAAGACGAUCCUGAGAAAUAUAAACAUGCAGUUUGGGUUAUGACCAUGAAACUAUUUGCCGAAGCAGAACGUCGACGAAGAAAUCUAGAGCAACGAAAUAUGGAAGAAAAGAAAAGGCAACGAGAACAAGAGAUUGAAGAAGAGGAAAACGCUAAAAAGCAAAGAGAAUGGCAGAAGAACUUUGACGAAUCAAGGCAAACGAGAGUUGAUAGUUGGAAACAGUUCCAAGCUACUACUUCAACAUCCAAAAAAGUCAAAAAAUUGAAAACAUUUAAACCUCCCCGACAUAAAGCGGAAACACGAUAAUGAUUUAAUUUUAUUCAAGUUGUACAUAUUAUAUUAUUGCAAUCGAAGAAAGUUUCUUUUGCUGGUUUGUGAAUGGAAGUGAAUUAAGUAUUUAAAAUGAAACGAAAUAGUGCUGUAUGAAAAGCAUUUUUUUUGCUAAAUUUCUGCUGUAUUCUACCCCGUGUACUAGAAAUUCUCUUUUGUAUAAUUGCGUUAGUAAUAAUUUCAGUUAAUAAGUGUGUGAAUCAUCAUUGACAUUGAUUAUGUCAAUGGAGUGAGAAGUGUACCUUUAUAUAAUUUUUCUCAUAUUCAUUUACCUACAGAAUGAUCUUAUGAUUUUUACAUUGAUUGUAACUUUUUAUCCUAAAUGAAUCCUUUCAUCAAUUAGAUCAUCUGUCAGUGAUUUUUUUUCAAUCCUGUUUCCAACGAUUAUUUAUUAACUAUGGGAAAAUUCAAUUGAAAGAGUUGAAUGAAAUUGUAGUUUUAUCUAUACGAAUGUAUUUAAGCCAUACAAUAAGCUGUAUUUAUAUCAUGUUAAAAAAUGGUCUUUCUUCUCCUAUAACUUAAAAUUACAGCAAUGAUUAAACCGUUAGCAAUAUCA